UCCUGAAAGGGAUGCUAGUGGGGUUAUUCCGGCCAGGGAGCAGAGACGGCGAGGUUGUCCCGUAUGUCACCGGGGCUGUUAGGUGGUUCAUCACGGCAGGAGCGGGCGAUUCGCAUAUUUACCCGCGGCGACCUGGGAAACACCGGCUGUACUGAAUGAUCAAGACCAUUUAAAGCAGCUUUAGUGCUGUGAUAUGCACAGAGACGAACUCGGAAUCGUAUCCUGUAAGAAAUUACUUUAAUAUUUGCUUGAAUGUACGGUGCGCUCCCGACAGCAUCUUCGUCAUCAUUAGCGGUAUAUGUGUACAGUGUGACUAAAAGCUGCUGGGAUACGCGUCGCAGGUCGCCUGCAUAAAGCAAGUCGCUCCGGAAUAAGGGUAUUUCAAUCCGAUGGAAGGUUUAGCGCUUUACCUAUGGGUUUACCUAUCGCUUCUGGUUCUGGUUCUGUCCAGCGAGGCCAAAGGCCCGCCUCGGAUCAGCCGUCCGGUGGAAGAGAAGCAUGUCGUCCGGUUGGGACACACCGUGCGCCUGCCCUGCCCUGUGGAUGGAGACCCCCCACCCCUGGUACUCUGGGUGAAGGAUGGUCGCAAUGUGAACCGGGGCUGGGGCCGCUACCGCAUCCUGAGACGGAGCCUGAAGAUCAGCCAGACAGAGGCCGCCGACGCGGGCAUGUACGUGUGCCGCGCCACCAACGGCUUCGGAAGCCUGGCGCUCAACUACACCCUGGUCAUAGUCGGCGACUCCGCAGACACCCAGGCCAGCCCAUUAGAGCCCAGCAUCGAGCUCCCGCAGCCGGGCCCCACGCAGCAGCCCCUGGUGAAACCGCGCUUCAGCCUACCCGCCAAGAUGCGCCGGCGAGUCCUGGAGCAGCCGGUGGGCUCCUCGGUACGACUCAAGUGCCCGGCCACUGGAAAUCCGGAGCCCGUCAUAACGUGGUGGAAGGACCAGACCCGGCUAGCAGGUCCCCGCCCGGGCCGCCGGCCGCAGUGGACCCUCACGUUGAAGAACCUGCAACCACAAGACAGCGCUAAGUACACCUGCCACGUCUCCAACGCGGCCGGGAACAUCAACGCCACGUAUAAAGUGGACGUCAUUGAACGUACCAAUUCCAAGCCCAUGUUGACAGGCACCCACCCGGUCAACACUACAGUGGACUACGGGGGUACUGCCUCCUUCCAGUGCAAAGUGCACAGCGACGUCAAGCCUGUCAUCCAGUGGCUCAAGAGGGUGGACCCAGGCAUGGAGGGGGGCCACAACUCCACGCUGGAGGUCGGGGGGCAGCACUUCAUGGUUCUGCCCAUGGGGGAGGUGUGGUCUCGGCCCGAUGGGUCCUACCUGAACAAAUUGGCCAUCGUCAAAGCACGUGACGAGGACGCUGGGAUGUACAUCUGCCUGGGCGCCAAUACGAUGGGCUACAGCUUCCGCAGUGCCUACUUAACCGUGCGGCCGGACCCCCAGGUGGAGAAUACGGUGACCCCCCCACACCUGAGCUCCGGGCUGCCCUGGCCGCUCAUCAUCGGCAUCCCUGCGGCCGCCCUCCUCAUGGUGGGCACCAUCGUGCUCUGGCUCUGCCACACCCGCCGUCACCACGGCAACCUGCCGCCGCGUGGUCCUGCCCCCCGUUCACCGGGACAAGGACCCCAUGGGCUGCGCGGACCAGACUACCCAAACCAGAGACUGUUGGGUGUGGGGUCCGCCAUACCGGGGGGGGCCCCCAAGGUCUACUCCAGAGUGUACACUGACAUGCACACCCACACGCACACACACACGCACUCCCACGCCCACACGGAUGGCAAGGUGCACCAGCAUUUCCACUACCAGUGUUAACCCUGCCCACCCCUUGACCUCACCCUCACACCUCUGCUGUCCCUCUGACCCCUGACCUCAUGAUGGGUGGAGCUCAGGACAGCCCGCCCGGUCCUGCAAGUCUGACCAGGACCUGAACGGACACCUAAAGGGUCACACCCUGAGAGGUCAGUUGGGGGUUAGGCUGCUUCCUGUGUUGAUGAAUCCAAACAGAAAGUUUUGAGUUGUCUCAGGGCUGGGAUACAUUCUCGCAAGUGCUUGAUUCUGACGUGUUAUUUUUCCCCCAGAAUUGCACCAAACCCAGGAGCUGAAUGAAAUGUUUAGUUUCUUUGUGCCUCACAGACAAUCGGUGCCCUUGAUGCAGAAAUGUUCUAUUAAUUGUUCUUGUUACGAAAAAAGCUGUGUGUGUCUAAAUCAGGUUCGUGCAUUAAAUGCCACGUAAAGUGUUUUGUAAUCUGGAAGCUGUGACUGCGAUCGGUCCCUUCACCUGUUCAUGGUGGGGUGCUGGGGGGUGGCACCUAAACAGGGGAACGAGGAAGCAGGACGGAGCCUUUGAUUCUAACCCCCCCCCCCCCCCCCCAGAAGUUUCCAGAUGUACCCAGUUGUGUCUGAUAAAUGCAGUAUUACCAAAUUGCAUAUUCUGUGACUGAAGUGCCAUUUUCUCACACGUUAAAGGUAUAUAAAACUGUAUGAUAUACAAUUCUUAUUAGAUUUGUAUUUUAUUUAAAGUUUUGGGACAUAUUGUAUUUUUAUAUCUGCUGUUAUUAGAUAUCAGUCUAUUUUGUUGUCUUUGUUUUUUCAGAAAUAGGAAACGGAUAUGACCAUGGGUGUAAAUUAUGGGGAGAUGGGGGGGUUGUAACCAAAACCAACCAAUACAACCCCGUGGACUCCCUUAAAUGGGUGGAGACCUCAACCCCUCCCCCCAACACUCAACCCAAAGCUAUGCCCUUGGAUAUGACAGUGAUGUCUGUCAUUUUGUUUAAAAACAACUUUUCUGGACCAAAGUCUGAUGUUACAGCUGUAAAAACUGAGCGGUGAAUAAGAUGUGAAAUUAACGGACAUUUUUAUGCCGUUAAAGGUUAUUUAUUGUGUUUGAGAGUCGCUGUAUGUCGCGUUCAUGCUCAGUACUUCUUACCUGCAGUCUGCUUUAGGUUCAGAAGUCUGUCACGGGCAUUAAAGCCUCUCAGAGGCUCUUGAUGUUACUAAUGGCUUGUAGCACAAUCCCACCAAGAAACACACUGUUUGUCUCUCAGCAUUGCACAUGAGAUAUUUUUCUAAUAAAAAUCUUUUUUAUUUCC